CCUCCUCCUCCUCCCUCCAUGCUAUUCCAAUCUCUCUAUUAUAUCUAUCCAUCUACUUAAGAGACUAACACCACUCUCUCUUUCCCUUUUCCUUUCUUUGUUUUUCCCUCCCAAAACCGGAAUAAGAGUAACCCUAUUCCCUCAUUCCUAAUCCCUGAUUCCCUGAUUCCUGAUUCCCUGAUUCCUAUUCUUUAUCUCGCCGGAAUAGCGGCCGGGAUAAUGGGAAAAUACAUGAAGAAAACCAAGGCCGGCGGCGAGGUAGCGCUCAUGGAGGUCGGAAACCAGUCCUCCCUUGGCGUCAGGACCAGGGCACGCACUCUCGCACUCCAGCGUCUCCAGAAGCCCUCUGAUUUGUCGUCUGAUCCACCUUCGCCGUCUUCAUACCUUCAACUUCGAAGUCGCCGCCUUGAGAAGGCUGUUGCUGACUCUUGCCCUAAGCUUAACCCUAGGGGUAGAGCUGCUGCCGCUGCAGCGGCGAAGUCGGUGUCUGUUGGCUCUGUCUCGCUGAGUUCUUGCAGGGAUGAACCUUCGCUGGAGAUUGAUGGCGGCGUUGAGGUUUCGUUUGGGGAGAAUGUUCUUGAGGUUGAAGAGAGGGAUAGGAGUGCAAGGGAAACAACACCAUGCAGUCUGAUAAGGAAUUCAGAAACAAUAGGAACUCCUGGUUCUACAACUAGAGUGUCCAACUCAGGUGUAUCUAGUCGAAGGAUACUGAGUUCAAGUCGUCGGAACUACCCAACUACUCAUGAGAUGGAAGAGUUCUUUGCCAGGGCAGAAGAAUUACAGCAAAGGGUCUUUAUGGAGAAGUAUAAUUUUGAUCCGGUAAACGAUUUACCGCUUCCCGGCCGAUAUGAAUGGGUGAAACUAGACGCCUGAAGAAUUAAGAUAAUGUCAUCAAGGAUUCACAUCAUCUCCUGCAACUUCUCCAUUAAUCUCUGCCCAGUGUUUUCAUGGAGGGUGGGUUUGCAGAUGCGAGCAAACAACGACGGUGGUGUCGUCGGCCGGCCGACCUGCCAAAUUCUCUUGUUGUAAAAAAAUCAGUAGUUUUAGAAUGAUAGUGUAGUCUAAUGUUCUGUGUAACAUACAGAGCUGAUGUGUUAUACAAAAGGACAACAUUAUUCUUCAGACCUUCUCUCUAACAGAUCUUUUUUAGUGGUCCAUGAUCUUUAAUUUUCCUUUGUUUAACACCAGACUCUUGUAUUUUAUCAAUAGUGCCCUGCUUUGUUAAAUAAAUGUGACCCCAAUUAUGUGUUCA